UUUAGGAAACAUCCAUUUAUUACUUGAUACAUCACUUUACAACAACUUUUUGGUUAAGAUUAUGACUGAUCCAGUGAACAAUGCAAACUGCGACUAAGACACAAAUUAUGAGUACAGAGUCAAAGCAUGACUUUUUUGUCAUAAGCGCAGGAAUUUAUAUUAAAAUUACGUGAAAUUCAACGAGCAGUGCUGGUGAGGCUGGCCGAACCCCUCCCAGGGCAUCGCGCUCGCUCCCUCCCUCCGUCUCCAUGCGCAGCCAUUUGUUUACCGAUGAAUACAAAGAUGGCGGCUGCCGGCGCGUAAACUGGAACGCUGCUAAGUGAGGUAGAGACUGCCCGGAUGCCGCUUUGAAUGGGAUCAUGGCAUUUGAGGAGAUAAAGAAGAAAGGCUUGAUCGAGGUGUCAGGUAUGGAGGGGGAUGUGGGUCUGGUAGCAGGACGUAGUCAGAGAGAGAAGAGGAGAUCUUACAAAGACCUGCUCCGAGAGGAGGAAGAGAUUGCCGCUCAGGUGCGCAAGUCCGCCAAGAAACGGCCCAAGGACUCUGAACUGUUUCUACUGGGGGGGGAAUCUCACAAGAAGAAGAAAAAGCACUUUGAUGAAGACUUUUUUUACAGAGACCUCCAAGGAUCUGGCCCCCCAGUGCACAAAAAGAAACGCAAGUCCUCCGACGGCUCCCUGUCUCUGUCCUCCUCCUCCCACCCCCCCCACUCUACAGACACUGCCAUGGGUCUCCUGCAGGCCAUCACCUCCCCGAUGGCCACGGGCUCCGAGCCCAACCCGCACCUACACAAGAAGCCCUCCUACCCCCCAUCGUCCUCUCAUUCCUCCUCCAAGGAGCGGAGGCGCGAGGGAGGGCAUGGAACCAGCAAGAGCCACUCUUCUUCCCACUCCCGCUCAUUCUCAUCAUCGUCAUCCUCUUCUAAAAAGCACUCCUCUAAAUCGACACUGUAUCUAAGCGGGGGUGGUAAGAGCAGCAACAGCAGCACGGGGGUGGGCGAGCCCCUGACCCUCAGGGAGGCGGAGGGCCUGAAGAUGAAGCUCAUCCUUUCACCGAAGGAGAAGGGCGAAGGAGGCACAUCUGAGGGAUUCCCGUUCCCGCCACACUCUUCCUCAUCCUCCUCAGCCUCCUCCGGUGCUAAGAAAGGGAGCUCAAAGAAGGAGAAGGACAGAGACAGGAUGCUACUGUCCAAGUCCCCCAAGAAGAGGCAGCAGAGCAGGGAUCCACUUCCUGUGGUGGGGGAGGAAGUGGAGCUGGAAGGCGGUGAAUUGGAGGCGGGCGAGCUGGUGAUAGAUGACUCGUACACUCAGCUAACCAAAAAGAAGAAGAAGAGCAAGAAAAGCAAGAAGAAAAAGGAGAAAGAGAGGGAUAGGGAGAAGGACAAAAGCGGAAGAGAAAAAAAGCACAAUCGAGUGGGUAGUAAAAAGGGUUUGUCAGGGACGUCUCUCCUCCUGUCUUCCGGGGAGGUUUCCCGAAGCCACGCCCAUUCCCACGGGUCAGCCAAUCACAGCACGGGAGUCGGGCUUUACGCGAUGGCUUCUCCAGUCUCCGCUCACCACCACAGCGGUGAAUCGCAGAGCGAGAAGAAGAAGAAAAAGGAGGAUAAGGACAGGGAAAAGUUGGAGAGGGAAAAAGAGAAGCCCAAGAAGAAAAACAUGACUGCAUACCAGGUGUUCUGUAAGGAGUACAGGGUGAACAUCAAUGCCGAGCAGCCAGGACUGGUUUUCGGGGAGUUGAGUAAAAAACUCGCAGAGGUGUGGAAACAAUUGCCUGAAAAAGACAAACAGGUGUGGAGACAGAAAGCUCAGUAUCUGCAACACAAGCAGAACAAAGCAGAAGCUACAACAGUCAAGCGCAAGAUCUCGGGGUCUGAAGGCAGCAAAGUCAAAGGCCCACUGAAGGGGACAGCAGGAGGAAGCGGAGGGGGAUCAGUUGUUCUGUCCCCCAAUCGAACCUCCGUGGGUGUGUCCCUGUCUCCUGCACGUGUCCCAGAAGUGGACCCCAUUGACGCUGCCGCUCACCUGCAGUUGCUGGGAGAGUCUCUCUCGCUCAUUGGGCAUCGGCUACAGGAGACAGAGGGCAUGGUGGCCGUGUCGGGCAGCCUGUCCGUUUUGCUGGACUCCAUCCUGUGUGCCCUGGGACCCCUGACCUGUCUCACCGCCCAGGUCCCAGAACUGAACGGCUGUCCGCGGCGCGUGCUGUCCAACACUCUGGACAACAUUGCCUACGUGAUGCCAGGACUGUGAGGACCAUGGGGGAUCCCCGACAGUGCCAGGCAGGAAGUGGUACCAUGGCGACGGAGCGUGCCCACCUGACACCUCGGGGGGGGGGCAGGCAGCACGUCCUAAGGACCAGCUUGGAGUCACGGUCCAGCUUUGGAUACAUGUGGACAGUUGUAGUUUUAACUUUGCUUUUAAUCGCUUGUUUCUGUCUUUUUAAUUUUUUGUUUUAUUACUGUUUUUUUCCAAUUAAACCUAUUUUAGUGAAUAUUUUUAAA